AAAGAUGUGAUGCAGGCUUUCGGCGCACCCAUCACUCGGUCGUUCUUGGGGACAGUUGGCUCCUUCGUGCCUGUAUCCAGGCGAAACCAAGAGAUCUACGAUGCUAUUGCAGACCUUCUCGGCGACGAUGUCCUGUACUCAUCUACAGCUAUCAAGACUUCCCGUACCGAAGAAGGCGUCGAGAUUCUUGUCCGGGGUGCAGAUAACAAGCAGACGCUGAUUCGAGCUAAGAAACUUCUCAUCUCCUUCGAACCUACGAUUGCCAACUUCAACGGCAUCGAUAUCAGCGACGAGGAGACAGCCGUCUUCUCAAGAUGGGAUUGGACUACCGUUUAUUUCGGCGUCGUCUCUCACCCUUCUCUGCCCAUCAGCUACUCACUCACGAACAAUGUCGCCACCAACUGGAUCUCCCUCCCCGAGACCCCCUUCGUCGGCCGCUUUGACUACCUCGGCGACGACAACUUUCGCGUGCUCAUCACUGGCUCUUCCGACUACGAUAGCACUCAGGCGCAAGCGUUGGUCAGGAAGUCUCUCAAGUUGCUAGCUGAUGCUGGCACGAUCCCGAGCCUCGGCACCGAGGAGCUCAAUUUGAAGGCCUGGUCCGAUCAUGGCGCCAUACAUCUGCGAGUAUCUGGCGCUGAGCUGGCAGCUGGUCACAUCACUGAGCAAUAUGCUCUUCAGGGCCAGAGGAGUACAUACUACACGGGAGGUGCGUGGUCUGCGCAGUUCACCACCAUUUUAUGGGAGUAUAACAAUCAAUACCUCCUGCCAAAGCUGCUGGCGGAGUUCUAGGAGAGUGGGAUGCUGCUGCAAGGGGCGAGACGUGAGGUAAAGGCACCUAAACCAUUUACACCCAGCGAUAAUGGAUAAUGAUGAAUCAGAUUUGAAAGCAAGGAGGCAAGACUAAAGCCAAUAAGUUCCCUCGUAUUGAAUGUCAAGAACCUCAAGGCUUGGUAGAGUUUUUCUGAUGCUGGCGAUUUCCAU